CGCCGCUCGCUCGCUCGCUCUUCCUCUCCACGCUGCGGCCGCCGCGGUUGUGUCCCUAGUGGAAAGUUGCACGAGCUCACGGGGGUCAGGCGACUAGGCGAGGAGAGAAGAGGAGAGGAGAGGAGAGGAGAGGUUUGGAUUGGGAAGGAUCACCAGCUCACCACCCGUUUCUCUCUCCGGCAUUGCGAGGGGAAGGCGGCGACGGGAGGCGCGCGCGGGUGUAGACGCGUAGUGAUGGCGGCGAUGGACCUGCGGGUGGCCGCCCCGGCCUCCGUGGCCGCGGCGGCGCGGUGCGGCACGAGCCUGGCGAGGCCGUGGCCUGCCCGGGCGGUGGGAGGAGGAGGAGGAGGAGGAGGACGGGGCCGGCGUCUCUCCGUGCGGACGUCCGUCGCGACCACCGAGGCCGCCGCCGCCGCCGUGGGCGCCUCGGAGGACGCGGCGCUGGAGGCGCGGGACUCGAAGACGGUGGUGGCGGUCAUCCUCGGCGGCGGCGCGGGGACGAGGCUGUUCCCGCUCACCAAGCGCAGGGCCAAGCCCGCGGUGCCCAUUGGCGGAGCGUACAGGCUGAUCGACGUGCCGAUGAGCAACUGCAUAAACAGCGGCAUCAACAAGGUGUACAUUCUCACCCAGUUCAACUCCGCGUCGCUCAACCGGCACCUUUCCCGGGCGUAUAACUUCAGCAACGGCGUCGCGUUUGGAGAUGGAUUCGUCGAGGUCCUAGCAGCAACUCAGACGCCUGGAUCGGAGGGAAAGAGGUGGUUUCAGGGUACAGCUGAUGCUGUUCGGCAAUUUGACUGGCUUUUUGAUGAUGCCAAAGCUAAAGACAUCGAUGAUGUGCUGAUUCUUUCUGGUGAUCAUCUCUACCGCAUGGACUACAUGGACUUUGUUCAGAGUCAUCGGCAAAGAGGUGCAGACAUCAGCAUCUGUUGCUUGCCUAUUGAUGAUAGCCGGGCAUCUGAUUUUGGUCUAAUGAAGAUAGACGACACAGGAAGAGUUAUCGCAUUUAGUGAAAAACCAAAAGGAGAUGAUUUAAAGGCAAUGCAAGUUGACACCACUGUUCUAGGCUUACCACAGGAUGAAGCAAAAGAGAAGCCAUACAUAGCGUCAAUGGGGGUUUAUAUAUUUAAGAAAGAGAUACUUCUAAAUCUUUUGAGAUGGCGUUUUCCCACAGCAAAUGACUUUGGAUCUGAAAUCAUUCCUGCUUCAGCAAAAGAAAUCAAUGUAAAGGCAUAUCUUUUCAAUGAUUACUGGGAAGACAUAGGAACUAUAAAAUCAUUCUUUGAAGCCAAUCUUUCUCUUGCUGAACAGCCACCGAGAUUCAGCUUUUAUGAUGCUAAUAAACCAAUGUACACAUCACGGAGAAACUUACCGCCAUCUAUGAUCAAUAAUAGUAAGAUCACUGAUUCAAUCAUUUCCCAUGGAUGUUUCUUGGAUAGCUGCAGGAUAGAGCACAGUGUUGUUGGAAUCCGUUCUAGGAUAGGUUCCAAUGUGCACCUCAAGGAUACAGUAAUGCUUGGUGCUGAUUUCUAUGAGACUGAUCUGGAAAGAGGAGAACUGCUGGCUGAAGGAAAGGUUCCUAUUGGAAUCGGGGAGAAUACAAAGAUUCAGAACUGCAUAAUAGACAAGAAUGCGAGGAUAGGGAAGAAUGUAACAAUUUCCAACUCUGAGGGUGUACAGGAAGCAGAUAGGACCUCUGAAGGCUUCUACAUCCGAUCAGGCAUCACCAUCGUAUUAAAGAACUCGAUAAUUGCAGAUGGAUUAGUCAUCUGAGGUGGAAUAAAGCCCUCCCUUAUCCAACCAGAAAAAGCCAGCCAUGACCAUUUGCGGCAGGAAUAGAAUAAAAUCAUCAGAGCUCUUUGUUCUUAGUUGUGUACUUAGCAUUCAAGAGCUUCUGCAUGUCUGUACAAAAUCAUUGUCUCGUGAAUCUACCGUGUGUGUUUUCACACUAAACACAUGGUCAUGAAGCUCGAAAAAAAAAACAAAAUUUUAUGAUCUGGGGUAUUGGUUGUUCCAUGUAAUCUGCAGGCGAAGAAAACCUUACCUAUCUACAGGUGUACUCUCUCCGUCAAAAAAAAAAAAACUUAAUCUAGAUGGGAAUUUGACA